UCUCUAUACAGAUAAGAAUAAGAUAAAUCAUUACAUUUCUUCUUCAACUGGCAUCUUCGAUCCUUUCCUCAAAAAAACCCUCAAGGAUGGUGAGAUUUUGCAAUUGAUCAUCAACAUCACAAUCCAUCUGAUAAGUAUUUGUGUCAUGUUUGACUCCAAUUUGUGUGCUAAUUAAACCAACUCAUGGAAGAUGGUCAAUCCUUUCUCUGUUCUGUUGCAUAAAAGAGAUCUUAUUUAUAGAGUUGCUGUAAGUUUGUGAGAUGGAAUUGGUGUCUGGAAAAGUAGUUCCAGGUUGCUCCAAUGCAGGCAAUCCUUUCCAUGAGUGUACUGCUAUCUGUUUCGAGAGAUUAAACUCGGCAGAUGUCCACAAGAAGGAAAAGAAACUCUUUGGGUUUGGUAAGAGAACUCCAAGCAGGGACACUCCCCCAGGGAGUCCAGCUCGUGGAAGCAGAUCGCCUCUUGCCAGCUAUUUCGCCAAGAAGAAGGUUGAGUCAGACAUUUCACCUUCCACUGCUGAUCACACCAAUGGCAACUUCUUCAGCCGCCUUUCCCCGCUACAUGGACGCCCAUCCCAACUCAAGAACGAGCCUGCCAAAAAUGUGGACUCGCUCCCCAUCUCGCCUUCUCUGGCUGGAUUUUCAGGGGGAGACUAUUUUGCAAGAAGGACUGAUCAGCGCGGAGGUGAGGAUGAUGACAUGUCCCCAAGGCCCUUUGGAAACCAGCCUAAGACUCCUGAACACCCUCUUAGGACGCCUCAGCAUAGGCCCCGCACACCCCAACACCGCUCUGAUACUAGGCCGUGGCCUUACCAAGAGGACCCUAUUUCACUUGAAACUAGGCCGACGACUCCUCAACGGCGAUCCAACAUCUCUGAUAAUAGACCAAGGACCCCCAUACACGAGUCUGCUGCUGCUAUAGGAAGGAGGCCCCAAACGCCAGAAACUAGGCCGAGGACUGGACAACAUAGGGGGAGGUCACCUGAGUUCAGGGCAAGAUCCCCCGGGCCAAGGUCCAAGACACCAGAGCCUCAACCUAGCUACUUUGAACCUUUUUCAAUGACUCCAAAACAGCGGUCCAAGACGCCAGAGCCCACCCCUAGGAUUCCUCAAACACAGCCAAUAUCCCACAGAUUCCUUGACAGCGCUGCUCUUCAAAAGCCUCGGACAGCUGAAGCUAGGCCUAGGACGCCGCCAAAACACCAGUCCAGGACCGUGGAGACAAGGCCAAGAGUACAUGAAAGUAGGCCAGAGACUUUAGUCUAUGGAGGAAGGUCACCUGAUCAAAGGGAGAAGAUCUCACAAACUCAACAAACGUACUUUGAGAUGACUCAAAGACCAUCUCAGGCCUACAAUUAUCUUGGGAGCAAAGCUGAGUCGGUCUACAUUGAGACCGACGAUGAAUCAGUUCUACUCUAUCCAGAACUUAUUUUGUCACCUCAAGAAAGGCCACUCUCUAGACCCAUUACGCCUGGUCGCCGCGGAUAUGAAACACCCACAAAACAGGAAGAACAUUAUGAUCAACUGGAUGAGUCCGCGAGCUCAGAUGACGAUAAAUUUUCAUUUGUGGAUGAUCAUGACGAUAACUCUGUUUGGCUUUACCCUGAAAUCACACCGAAAUCUGGAAGCAACACGCCCGUUCAUCACAAAUCCCGUAAAUCGCCAAGGGAACUAGAGGUACAAGAUAAGCAAAGCAACGAGCCUCCGGAGCUACCAGAUGACUCGCAGAGCUUCAGUCACUCAGAGAUCUCACGCAUGAAAGGAAUAAUAGUUAAGAAGAAGGAACCAAGUUACGAGAUACAGUCCAUACUAUCCGAGUCUUCCGUUUCUGUGGGAGACUACAAAGUAAGAGCGAGCGUCUCUGGCACUCUUGAGCAAAUCAUCGACAAGCACGGUGACAUUGCAUCCGCUUCAAAAACACAUUCGCUUGCCACGCGAUCCUACUACCUGGACAUGCUUUCCUCGGUGGUUUUAGAACUCCAGACGACACCCUUAAAGCAUCUCACGGAGAACCGAGUUGUGGAAAUGCUAGCGAUUGUUAGAGACGUUGAGUCCGUGAAAAUCAAAGUAGGUUGGCUCAAGCCCGUCCUGGAGGACAUCGUUGAGGCGGUGAAGCACUACGACCAACACAAGAUGGGCCUAAUGGAGAAGGAGGUGUGUGAACGGGAUGUGUUGCUUGCGAGACAAGAAGUGGAGAAACAGGGGAAAGAUCUGAGGGAGAAGGAGAAGGAGAUGAAGGAGUGGAGAGAGAGAGUGACGGAAAUGGCUGGCAAGUUAGGGAAUCUGGAUAUGAGAAGAGCGCGUCUCGACAAGAGCUUUGCGUUUCUGAGUUCCAGGGUGGACAAGUUUCAGGGGAAAUCUGUUUUUGAAGGCAUCUUAUGACCACCCUAAUGCGGAAAUCUGUUUUGCGUCCGGAAAUUCUUUUGUUCAUUAUGUGGGUGACUACUCCUCUAUAUAACAAACAUGCAUGAUACAUAUGUAGUUCAAUGUGGCUUCUUUUUGUUUUAUUCAUAAUUAAUCGCUUCUAGAAAA